CUCUCUCUCUCGUUUCCAGAUGCAGAGAUUCCGAACCUUAGCUCCCCAAGCCAACCCCUUUCCAGUGCCUUGCGUGCAUCAUUCGGUGAUGAUGACAGACUAGAUCAGGAGUUGCAGGGACUUUGGGAAGCUUCACUGAACCAGUCAACUCGCAAGACAUAUUCUUCAGCCUUACAGUGUUUUCAGAACUUUAUGAUUAUGAAUGGUGCUAAGUUCUCCAAGCAUGGGUUACCUCUCAUACAAGAAUCAGACCUUGUUUAUUUUGUGACACAUUGUAAAUCGGUGCUGAAAUUGAAACAUGACACCAUUAAAUUAUAUCUUGCUGGCAUUAGGUUUCACUAUAUUAAGUCUGGAUUGGGCGAUGUCUUGAAAGGAUGCGAUCAGUUGCAUUAUGUGUUAAGAGGUGUUAAAAGAUUACAGUCAAAUGUCCAUCACAAGCGUUUUCCUAUUACUACAAGAAUUUUAGCACAAAUAUGGAAUGUUUUAGACCAGGGAGUUUUUUCUCCUUUUGUAGAUCUCAUGUUAAAAUGUAUGUAUUCAUGUGCAUUUUUUGGUUUUUUGAGAUGUGGUGAAAUCACAUGCAAAUCUCAGAAUGUAGAAAAUUUUUUACAAAUCUCAGAUGUACAUAUUAAACCAGGAGGAAGUGCUUUUGUUUUGAAAUUAAGAACCUCCAAAACAGAUCCAUUUUCAAAAGGUGUUGAAAUUGUUAUUUUUGAAAAUGACCACUUUAAACCGGUGUACACCAUGAUAUCAUAUUUAGAUGCUCGCAAAUCUCUGUUUAGUUCAAACACUGGCAAAUCGCCAUUAUUUGUAGACAAUGAAUUUAACCUUAAACCCAUGCCAAGAGACACUUUUGUUCUGCAACUGAAAGAGAUACUCCUUCGGAUUGGAUAUGAUGAUAACAAAUUUUCAGGUCAUUCUUUUAGGAUAGGUGCAGCUACAGCAGCGGCUGCAGCUGGUGUUGAAGAUCAUGUUAUUAAAGAAUUAGGUCGUUGGUCUUCAGACUGCUACAACAGAUAUAUUAGAACAGAUGUAGAGGCUGUUCAAAAAGCACAAGUACAAAUGUCAUAUUUGUAAUAUGUUGUUUCUUUUUUUUUUCUUUUCUACUGUGUACAUGAGCCUAUUAUUAUUACAUGUUAAAAAUUUUUUUUUUUUUUUUUUUCUUUUUUCAUGACUACCGGUUCUUGGGGGCUUCACUCAUUCCUUUCGUUCAUUUGGCGUUCAUUCCUGGGGGAAUUUUGCCCCCAAGGGAUUAUUUACUUAUUACAUACAUUAUUUGUUUAUAUGUACAUGUAUUGUAUUAGAACCUGUAUAUGAAUUAUGUUGGCAGGCGGUAUAUUGUAGAUAUUAGGUUGACACGUUAUUCGGGCAGGAAUCUCGGCCACGUCUAUGUUUCUCUGUAUAUACAUGGUUAAGCUCACAGAUCAGCUCGAGCUUCAUUGGAUUUGUAUUCGGGUUUGUUGGUUACCCGCUGGGAUCAGCCCCGGGUAAGCUCCCUGGGAUCAGCCCGGAGCUUCAUUUCCAUUCAGUUUUGCAUGCAUGGGGAUUUGCUCAUUCAGCUCCCUGGGAUCAGCCCGGAGCUUCAGUCUGUUUUCUCGCCCGCUGGGAUCACCCCGGGCAGCUCCUUGGGAUCAGCCCGGAGCUUGUUUUUUGUGUUCAUUAACCCGCUAGAUUCAGUCGCGGGUAGCUCCUUGGGAUCAGCCCGGAGCUUCAUCACUCCUUUUGGACCCGUUGGGAUCAACCCGGGGUAGCUCACUGGGAUCAGCCAGUUGCUUAGUUGUGGUUUUAGUCCAGAUGGUCGUACGUGACCUGCUGGGAUCAGCCCAAGGCUAGUUCACUAGAGUUAGUGUAGAGUAGAGUAGAGUACAUAUAGUUAUGUAGUAUUGGAGUUAUAAGAAUGAGAAGCCCCCAGAACGCCAAACUGUAUUUUAUUUUUUGUUGUUUUGUACAUAUUGUAUGUUCUUCUGAUGUAGGCAUGUAUGUUAGUAAUCAAUAUGAGUUUUCAGUUGGAUAUGUAAAUAAAUGUUAAACUCUGACUGUCUGGUGGUUGUGUAUAAAUUGAAAUUUGAUUUAUUAAAUUAUUAUUUAUACACAACGUUGGUUUCCUUUUCCUGUACUUAGCUAACUAUGUUUAAUUAGGAUAUUUGAUGUUGCUUUGUUUUUAUUUAUCAUAUCGAUUCUAAAAUUAGAUUUGGUAUUGGUCAGUGUAAUUAGAUGACCAAUCAGAUUAGAGUAGCCGGGAGCAUUGAUGCCUAGAGGGGGAUGCUGAUUAAGUUCAUUGUAUAGCCUUGUAGGAGACUGAAAGUAACAGCAGCUACCCACCCACCUUCCCCAUCAACUUCCCCGGCUCUCUUCUCUUAUUGGGGCUCCUCAUUCCUUUUGUUCAUGGCGUUCAUUCCUGGGGGAAUUUUGCCCCCAAGGGAGCGUUCAUUCCUGGGGGAAUUUUGCCCCCAAGGGAUUAUUUACUUAUUACAUACAUUAUUUGUUUAUAUGUACAUGUAUUGUAUUAGAACCUGUAUAUGAAUUAUGUUGGCAGGCGGUAUAUUGUAGAUAUUAGGUUGACACGUUAUUCGGGCAGGAAUCUCGGCCACGUCUAUGUUUCUCUGUAUAUACAUGGUUAAGCUCACAGAUCAGCUCGAGCUUCAUUGGAUUUGUAUUCGGGUUUGUUGGUUACCCGCUGGGAUCAGCCCCGGGUAAGCUCCCUGGGAUCAGCCCGGAGCUUCAUUUCCAUUCAGUUUUGCAUGCAUGGGGAUUUGCUCAUUCAGCUCCCUGGGAUCAGCCCGGAGCUUCAGUCUGUUUUCUCGCCCGCUGGGAUCACCCCGGGCAGCUCCUUGGGAUCAGCCCGGAGCUUGUUUUUUGUGUUCAUUAACCCGCUAGAUUCAGUCGCGGGUAGCUCCUUGGGAUCAGCCCGGAGCUUCAUCACUCCUUUUGGACCCGUUGGGAUCAACCCGGGGUAGCUCACUGGGAUCAGCCAGUUGCUUAGUUGUGGUUUUAGUCCAGAUGGUCGUACGUGACCUGCUGGGAUCAGCCCAAGGCUAGUUCACUAGAGUUAGUGUAGAGUAGAGUAGAGUACAUAUAGUUAUGUAGUAUUGGAGUUAUAAGAAUGAGAAGCCCCCAGAACGCCAAACUGUAUUUUAUUUUUUGUUGUUUUGUACAUAUUGUAUGUUCUUCUGAUGUAGGCAUGUAUGUUAGUAAUCAAUAUGAGUUUUCAGUUGGAUAUGUAAAUAAAUGUUAAACUCUGA